AUGGCGACGCCGACGCCGGAUCCAAAAACCUACUAUGGCUACCUCUUUGAUGCGGCCAAGGGACCCACACCGGUGCUUGAUGCCUUAUUGAGGGCUAUCGCGCAGUACAUUAUGGAUGAAAUCGGUGACAAGACAACAAAUGCAUUGGUUCCAGACAAGCUAGCCGCUUUCUUCAAAACAGUUGGGGGGAACCUGGAUGCUUUCCUCACCAAAUCCUCCCAAUCUGUUUCGUACGUUUGGCAAGUGCUCGGCUGCCAACAUACCCUCCAACCAACCGAAGAUGACUACACCGCCCCAUCAGUGCCUGCCCUUACGCCGAAGGGCUUCGUGCGCUGGAUGAGCAUAAACAUCCUUCUUGACCCCCAGGAGUAUUACACCUACAUCCAGUACUGUUUGCAAAAUUGGGCCCUCAAAGACCCAAAGACAGGCGAGCGUUUCCCAACAGAACUGCCCCGGGAAGCCCUGCCCCUGGAGACGGACAAGGAUGUCGGUGACUGGCACGACAAGUGUGCCGAGACUUUGCGCCGAGAAGCAACUCCAAAGGAGGACGUGUCGGCUACUUUCCCGGAUCCAAGGGUUAAAGAGGCCUAUUCGCACGUUCGAGGAGGUGCCGUUCCUGUCUUCACCGCAAAGGCCAGGAUGGCGUCUCCUCGUGCCAGGACAUCUCGUCCGGUGCAUUUCAGCCAUGUUCCGCCCGGCAGGGCGGCAAAUCUGGCACACUCUCCAGAGCGUGGCCCCCGUAAGCCGAUGUCUCCAGAGGAAGAGCGCAGGCGUAGCUUUUCCGACUACGCCGGUCCUCCCAAAGAGCCGCCACCACAGACGCACUCUCGUUCAUCCGAGCACCUGCGUGCGCCCCGUCCCAUGCCUACUCGUAGACACAGUCAACCGAGGCACUAUUCGUCUCCCAGCGACUCGGAGGGACCACGGAGCCCACCACGUCACAGCCCCAAGAAGCGGGACCAGGCUCAUACUCGCUCGAGCUCUUCAAACGAGCCCAUGGUAGUGCCGGUGCGGCGUGUCAACACGGCUCAAACGCUUCCGAACAAGAUGCGCGCUGGUAGCCCCGGUGAGCCCGUCUCACCCGGAGGGAAUGCAACUGCCAAAUCCGAAAGCCAUGACGAGCGGCGCUCUCGCCGGCGCGAAGACCGGGCCGAAGAGCCCCGACGAACAGGGUUCUUGCCAUUCGGGAUUCAAGAAAAGGUGUCCUCCCUGUUACACGGCCAGCGUGGAUCCAACGAAAGCCUACGCAAUUCUGCGCGUUCCCAUAAUCGUCAUGGGCGUGAAAACCCGUCCGGGUCGAAGCUCAACCGAGCCUGGGCUCACGACGACGACUAUGACAGCUAUCCCGAAUCCGACGACAGCCGUGAAAGGCAUCGGAGGCGACGCAGGGAGCGUGAACGAGACCGGGAGCGCGACAGAGACCGCGACAGGGCCGACCGGGAUCAUUACCGUGAGAAGGAUCGCGACAGAGAUCGGGAUAGAGAAAGGGGCAGGGACGAUGAGAGGGAGCGAAGGGCUCCGAGAGACAGGGAUCGCGAUAGGGAUAGAGAACGGGACCGCGAAAGGGAUAGAGACAGGGAGAGGGAUCGCGAUCGUGAGCUCGAGCGAUAUGGAGACCGGGCCAGAUACACCCACCGACCCGACGCGCAGCGGCGCACCAGCAGCCAUGCUGACGUGGACAGGUGGCGCGGCGUCGACCUGGAAGACCUCAACUUCCGCGAGCAGCGGGAGGAGCAGCUCAGAGAAAGGGAUCGGGACAGGGAUAGCCCAAGAGACAGGGACAGUCCACGGGAGGAACGCAGGCGCGUGCCGAGCCCGGCCGUACAGGUCACGGGGGUUGGCGGGCGGAAGUAUGCUGAUCCGCCUUGGUCGCCAUGA